AUGGUCAGUUACAGAGUAGCUAAGGCAGGCAAGCCUCAUAAUAUUGUGGAGGAACUGAUUGUCCCUGCUGCCAUGGACAUGGCUGAGAAAAUGUUGGGGGAAGAGGCUAAACAUACUUUGCAGAAAAUGCCUUCAUCGGACAAUACCGUGUCCCGACGGAUCAGUGACAUGUCAGCAGAUGUUUUGAGACAGUUACUAUAUCGCAUACAUGCCAGUGAAUUCUAUGCAUUACCGCUAGAUGAGUCAACAGAUGUAGCAGGCCUGGCUCAGUUGUUGGUGUACGUCAAGUACAUAUAUGGAGGGUCAAUCCAUGAGGACAUCCUCUUUUGCAAAUCGUUACCGACGAGGACAACAGGGCAGGACAUUUUUGGACUCAUAGACAGUUUCAUACGAUCACACGGAAUAACCUGGACUAAAUGUAUUGGUAUAUGCACAGAUGGUGCCAAAGCAAUGACGGGGAGGCACAGCGGAGUGGUCACCCGUGUACAAGCAGUGGCUCCAGAUGCCACUUGGGUCCACUGUAGCAUACAUAGGGAAGCGCUUGCCGCCAAAGGAAUGUCAGACAGCCUGGCACAGGUGUUGGACGACACAGUAAAGAUGGUUAACUUCUUCAAAUCAAGACCCCUAAACUCGCGCAUUUUUUCCACCUUAUGCAGUGAGAUGGGCAGUGACCAUUUGACGCUUUUGCUCCACACUGAAGUGCGAUGGUUAUCCAGAGGGAAAGUUUUGGCACGCUUUUUUGAACUGAAAGACGGGCUGAAACUGUUUUUCAUCGACAAUCCUUUUCGCUUGUCAGAUAGGUUGCAUGAUGAUGAGUGGCUCACAAGACUGGCCUAUUUGGGAGAUAUCUUUGGCCAUCUAAAUGAGCUCAAUCUCGGGCUGCAAGGUCGCUCUGUGACAAUAUUCAAUGUGCGAGACAAGGUAGAGGCCACGAUUAAAAAGCUGAACUUCUGGUCUGACUGUGUCAAAGACAACGACAUUGGCGCAUUCCCAUCACUGCAGGAUUUUCUGUGUGAAAACGAGCUACGGCUUGCCGACAGUGUCAGAUGUAACAUACGGAAACACCUUGGCGACUUGGCAGCGCAAUUACGCAAAUACUUACCCGAAACAGAAGACCACGACACAUGGAUUCGUAAUCCUUUUUCGUCACCCAGCAUAUGUCAGCUUCCUAUGCUGGAGAGAGAGAGCCUCAUUGAAAUAUCCACGAACGGGUCGGUCAGAAUCGAGUUCGGUCAGAAGACACUGACAGAUUUCUGGAUUAGUUUGCGGGCAGAGUAUCCGGACCUGGCAAACCGAGCGAUUAAGACGUUGAUGCCUUUUGCUACAACAUAUUUAUGCGAGACUGGAUUCUCAGCUUUGGUCUGCCUUAAGACCAAGUAUAGGUACAGACUGUUUGUGGAAAACGACCUAAGACUGAAACUGUCCCCAAUUCGGCCUAACAUCGCUGCAUUGUAUAAGAACAUCCAGGCACAUCCCUCACAUUAA